AUGCCCCGUGGGCAGAAGAGUAAGAACCGAGCUCGUAAGAAACGUCACCAGGCCCGGACUGAGACCCAGGGUCUUCAUGAUCAGGCCACCACAUCUGGGGGAGAGGAGACCGCCUCCCCCUCCCCUCCUGAUGCAGAGAGUGCUCCCUCAAGUUCGUCUGCCGCUGGCUCCCCCAAGGGGCCUCAGGGAGCCCAAGGCACCACCAGUGCUGCUACAGGUGCUAUACGCAAAAGAUCUGGUGUCGGUGGCAAAGCACGCUCAAGAGCUGGUGCACGUGGCAAAGCACACUCAAAAUCUGGUGUAGAUGCCGAGGGCCAAGUUCAGGAAGGUGAAAAUUCCUCCCAGGCCUCAGCUGCUGCUGGGAGUGCUCGCACAGAUCUUCUGGCCAGAAAGGCAGAGAUGUUACUGCAGUACAUGCUCUAUAAGUAUAAAGUGAGGGAGCUCAUUAAGAGGUCUGAAAUGCUGAAGACAGUCAAUAAAAGGUACAGGGAGCAAUUCCCUGAGAUCCUCAGCAGGGCCUCUGAGCGCAUGGAGCUGGUGUUUGGCCUGGUGCUGAAGGAAGUCAGGCCCAACAGUCACUCCUAUACUCUGGUGAGCAACCUAGAUCUUGGCGACAGUGAGUCUAUGAGAGGUGAUUGGGGGCUGCCGAGGAAUGGUCUUCUGAUGCCUCUGCUAGGUGUCAUCUACCUGAAUGGCAACCAUGCCCCUGAAGAGAAGAUCUGGAAGUUCCUGAAUAUGCUGGGCAUCUAUGAUGGAAGAAAUCACUUCAUCUUUGGAGAGCCCAGGAAGCUCAUCACAGAAGAUAUGGUGCGGGAAGAGUUCCUGGAGUACCGCCAGGUGCCCGGCAGCGAUCCCCCUCGCUAUGAGUUCCUGUGGGGUCCUAAAGCGCUCGCAGAAUCUGGCAAGACGAAAGUCCUGGAGUUUUUGGCCAAGGUCAACAGGUCCGCCCAUACUGCCCUCCUGCUGAAUUAUGAGGAGGCUUGGAGAGAGGAAGUACAGAGCACCAGAGCCAGAGCUGCAGCCAGUGCUGGCCCUUCUACCUCAGCCAGUGCUGGCCCUUCUGCCUCAACUGGGCCUGGCACUACUGCCUCAGCCACUGCUGGCCCUUCUUCCUCGGCUACUGUGCACCCCAGGGCCGCAUGCAGCCGCUCAUCUCGCCCCUACAUUCUGACCUGGAAAAUUCCAUUAAUGGAGGGUCCUGGUGGACCACAGUCCAUGGAGUCACAAAGAGUCAGAGACGACAGUCGUGUAUGUUUAUCUCAGGCUCCUAAAUUCCUGUCCACGGCCAUCAUGCCCCGUAGGCAGAAGAGUAAGGUCCGUGGUCAUGAGACACGUCACCAGGCCCGGGCUGAGACCCAGGGUCUUCAUGAUCAAGCCACCACAUCUAGGGGAGAAGAGACCACCUCCUCCUCCCCUCCUGAUUUAGAGAGCGCUCCCUCAAGCUCCUCAGCUGCUGGCACCCCGAAGGUGCCUCAGGGAGCGCAAGGCACCACCAGUGCUGCUGCAGGUGCUAUACCCAAAAGAUGUGGUGUCGGUGCUGAGGGCCAAGUUCAGGGAGGUGAAAAUUCCUCUCAGGCCUCGGUUGCUGCUGAGAGCUCUCACACAGAUCCUCUGAACAAGAAGGUAGAGGUCUUGGUGCAACAGAUGCUGUAUAAGUAUAAGGUGAGGGAGCUCAUUAGGAGGUCAGAAAUGCUGAAGGCAAUCAAUAAAAGGUACAAGGCGCAAUUCCCUGAGAUCCUCAGGAGAGCCUCUGAGCUCAUAGAGAUGGUGUUUGGCCUGGUCCUGAAGGAAGUCAGGCCCAGCAGUCACUCCUAUAUCCUGGUGAGCAACCUAGAUCUCAGCGACAGUGAGUCUAUGAGAGGUGACCGGGGGCUACCAAAGAAUGGUCUUCUGAUGCCUCUGCUGGGUGUCAUCUACCUGAAUGGCCACCGCCUCUCUGAGGAGGAGGUCUGGAAGAUCAUGAAUUUUCUGGGCGUCUAUGAUGGAAGAAGGCACUUCAUCUUUGGAGAUACCAGGAAGUUCCUCACAGAAGAUCUGGUGCGGGAAGGGUACCUGAAGUACCGCCAGGUGCCAGGCAGUGAUCCCCCUCGCUAUGAGUUCCUGUGGGGUCCGAGAGCGCUCAUGGAAGCCAACAAGAUGAAAGUCCUGGAGUUUUUGGCCAAGGUCAAUGAUACAGUCCCUGCUACCUUCCUAGAGCAUUUUGAGGAGUCUUUCAGACAGGAAGAAGAGAGCACCAGGGCCAGAGAUGUAGCCACCAGUGCUGGCCCUUCUGCCUCGGCCAGUGCCCAGGCUAGGGCCGCAUCCAGCCGGUCAUCUCGCCCCUAG